GGAUUAAAGAAAAAGAAGAUACAAACGCAUUUUCAAACGUGGAACUUAUUUUAUCAAUGGCUGGAAAAACGGGCUAGAGAGUAAGAAUUUAACUUGUAUAACUAAAUAUAAGAGAUGAACCCAGAGAACACGUUGUUUACUAAGCACUCAUGAAAUGUAACAAAUAGAAAAUCAAUAAAAUAUUAUUAUUAUGCUGCGAUGUUUUCUGUCGAUCAGAAUUCUCAAGCAAACCAUGGCAAUUAUUCCCUGGAACGGAAGCCAAAGUUGGACAUGGAAGAAGCCGAAGGGAACAAUAUUGAACUCGGCGCUGGAGGAAGCUCCGCUCCGCUCGCUCGCAGCACAGAUCGCUGGCCCGGGAGAAGGGAAAGGAGUCGGAAAGCCCCGCCUUUCGAUGCCAUUCCGGCGGGGUGAAUCACCGCCUCCUUCCCGGACGGGCGACGCUCAGCUCCGCGGUUAAGCAGCGGCUUCGCCGGACGAGGAGACGGGGCGCUGCCGAGCCAAGCCAGAGCGGAUGGGUCAGCCUCAGUCCGAAACGCAGGGAAGGAGGCAGGGAAGGGAGGCAGCCGGCUGGCUCCCUCUUCUUCGCCUUCCUUUCGAAGCCGCUGGAGGCGGUAGUCGCAUUGCUGACUUUGAUGUCCUAAAGGAGCCUCCCUUCUUGCAGACCCCAGUAUGGAUUCUGUUGUGGUCACGGGCCCAGAAUCCUUGCCUUUCACCACUAAGACCGAUCUUCCAGUCCCGGUGAAAAAGUUUUAUCAGGGUGAACCUCUGGCCCUGGGGAUCGCACAGAUAUUCAUAGGAAUGAUAGGAAUAAUUUUUGGAAUGUUGAUCGACAUAGUUAACAAACGUGAUAUUUUCUACCUUAUUGUAUGGAUGCCCUAUUGGAGUGGAAUCUUGUACAUCAUCUCCGGAUCCUUAGCUGUGGCAGCUGCUCGAAAUCCCAGGAUGCCUCUGGUGCAAAGCAUGCUGGCAAUGAAUGUGUUAAGUACUGUAGCAGCUGGUUUGGGCCUGGCAUCCCUGUUUGUCACCUUCGCUUUGCCCUACCUAUACAGUUUGAAUUUGUACUGCGGUACUUUUGAAAACGAAAUUAAGGAAAAGUGUAAUCAAAUCGAGAAUUUCGGUAAUGGAAUACCGAUUAUUCUUACUGUGUUUACCGCCCUGGAGUUCUGCAUCACCAUCUCAGUUGCGUCUUUUGGAUGUUGUGGUCAUUUAUCAGAAUGUGUCUCCUGCCAGUGUCCAACAACAUCCACCUCUCGACUGCAAACAGCCAGCACUUCACCCCUGAAUUGCUUUUCUUUCAGAGCAGCUAUUUUGGAGUGCAUUUGCCUCUUGCAUAUUGAAGCCUUAAACUUUUAAAAGGAAUUGCAUGGAAGUUUUAACCAGUGGAACAUAAAGGGUUUUAAUGGACUA